UAAAAAAAAAUGAUUCAUACAGAACUGUAAGCUAUCAACCAAUAUAUACAAAGCAUGCGUGCAGCUCUAACCUUUCUUUCUCAUCCACGGCUCGAUGCGCAUGCAAGAGCCAUCCCAAACCAUGGAAGCAACCUACAGCCACCACCUUCUCAACCUUCUUCUCCUCUCCUUCUUGCUACUUUCUCCCAGAGCCUUCGCCGCCGGCGACAUUGCCGACACGUUCAGCAAGGGCCGCAACAUCACCGACAACGAGACGCUCGUCUCGGCCGAUGGCGCAUUCACCAUGGGUUUCUUCUCCCCCGGGGUGUCAACCAAGAGGUUCCUCGGAAUCUGGUUCACCGUGUCUCGUGACGCCGUCUGCUGGGUGGCCAACCGUGACCGCCCUCUCAACGACAACUCCGGCGUGCUGGUGCUCAGUGACGCCGGGAGCCUUCUCCUGCUAGACGGCUCCGGCCAGGUCACGUGGUCGUCGAACUCCAGCAGCCCCUCUCCCGUGGAGGCGCAGCUCCUUAACUCCGGCAAGCUAGUCGUGCGCAACCGAGGCAGCAGCACCGUCCUGUGGCAUUCUUUCGAUCACCCGUCGAACGUGUUGCUAUCCGGCAUGAAAGUGGGCAAGGAUUUUUGGAGCGGAGCCGAGUGGUACCUCACGUCAUGGCGUUCGGCCGAUGACCCGUCCCCGGGGGCCUACCGCCGGGUGCUGGACACCAACGGCCUACCCGACAAUAUCGUGUGGCAGGGCAACGUCAAGACGUUCCGCACGGGCCCGUGGAAUGGCCUGUGGUUCAGCGGCAUCCCGGAGGUCUUGACAUACUCGAGCUUAAUCGAGUACCAGAUGGUGACCACUCCGCGGGAGAUAACCUAUGGGUACGUUGUGAAAUCCGGCUCGCCCUUUACUUAUGUCGUGUUGACGGACACCGGCAUAGUCAAGCGCUUGGUUUGGGACGCGAGCAGCCGGGCAUGGCAGACCUACUACCAGGGCCCGAGGGACGUCUGCGACGCCUACGGUAAGUGCGGGCCGUUCGGUCUGUGCAACUCCAGUGCGGCGUCGACGUCGUUCUGCAGCUGCCUCAAGGGGUUCAGCCCGGCGUCGCCGUCAGCGUGGAACUUGAGGGAUACCUCGGCCGGAUGCCGGCGAAAAGUGAAGCUGGACUGUGGCGAUAAGAACCGAACGACGGACGGUUUUGUGCUAUUGCACGGGGUGAAGCUUCCCGACACGCACAAUGCGUCGGUGGACACGAGCAUCACGGUGGAGGAGUGCAGCGCGAGGUGCUUGGCCAACUGUACGUGCUUGGCCUACGCCGCCGCGGACAUCCGAGGAGGUGGAGGUGCUGGCAGUGGAUGCAUCAUCUGGACGGAUGAUAUCAUGGAUCUUCGGUACGUCGACCAAGGCCAGGAUAUGUAUCUGAGGUUGGCCCAGGUUGAGCUCCCGUCGCCGUCGACGUCGCCGUCGCCCCCGUCGUCCCGGUCGAUUCCUACUGCGCUGGUUGUUGGUGCAUCCGUAGCUUCCAUCGCUGUGAUUCUCCUAAUUUUGUUGGUUGUACUUGUGAUUAGGAGGCGACGGAGACUUACAAUCUCAGCUGCUCAAAGUCCUGCUCCGGCUGCCCCUUCUAUUGAACAGACUAAUCCUCCUCCGACUGUCCCUUCUGUUGAACUGUCUAGUUUGAAGGGGGCAACAGGAAAUUUCUCCGAAAGCAAUAUCAUUGGUCGUGGAGGAUUUGCCAUCGUCUAUGAGGGGCAUUUAUCCGAUGGUACAAAGGUUGCUGUAAAGAGGCUCAUACGGUCUUCUCUAACCGAGGUUGGCGGUGAGGAUUUCAUGAGAGAAGUGAAAGUGAUGUCGGAGCUCAGUCAUGCCAAUCUUGUUCAGCUCCUUUCUUACUGCAACGAUGGGAACGAACGGAUAUUAGUCUAUGAGUACAUGAAGAACAAGAGUUUGAACAUCUACAUAUUUGGCGGAGAUCCCAGAUUUCGCUCUUUGCUGAAUUGGGAGCGAAGGCUGGAAAUAAUUCGAGGGGUUGCAAAGGGUGUUGCUUAUCUUCAUGGACUAAGCAAGGAAGUGAUCCACAGGGAUUUAAAACCAUCCAAUAUUCUUCUGGAUGACAAUUGGAGACCAAAGAUCGCAGACUUUGGCACCGCCAAACUAUUUGUUGUUGACCAAACAGAUCCAACGCUGGUGCAAACAGCGGGGUACACGGCUCCAGAGUACAUAAUGGAACGGUAUAUGACACUGAAGUGUGAUGUGUACAGCUUCGGAGUCAUCUUGCUGGAGAUAAUCAGUGGCCAAAGGAACAGCACCAAGCCAACACUCCUUUCUGAUGCCUGGGAAUCUUGGAAUCAAGGUAGGAUCAGCAACCUUCUUGAUUCAACGGUGGCCCAACCAGAGCCUGUGCUCCUAUUUGAACUGGAGAGAUGCGUGCAAAUUGGCCUUCUCUGCGUGCAACAAUCGCCCGACGAUAGGCCUACCAUGUCUGCAGUAGUUACGAUGCUAAACAACAAUUCACAGUUCCGUCUGCCCAAAAGGCCCGUGCUCGACAGCAGAACCGGGUCUCCUUUCAGCGAAGCAAACCGCUCUACACAGCAUGCAUCCGGCACGUCAGGCGACAGCUACACGAUAUAUCUCACGUAACAGACCCGGAUCGACGAAAUUGCAAUGGUAAAUGUGUGAUUUGUGAGCUAGAUCAUUUCAGAUUGGUAUUAUGAAAAUUUCUUUCAGCUUGGUAUUCUGAAAAUUUCUUUCAGCUUGGGUUCCUCACUUUCUUCACGGUGUGGAUUUCACUCCACCAGGGUGUCUCUUAUUAUUGCUAGUCCACAGCUAGCACUUUAUAGCAGCCUGAAAUUGGUGCGUGUAAGCUUCAUACUGGUCUUUUUCCUCCUAUUCCUGUGGUGUUUGCCUUCGUUUUGUUUCAACCGGUUCAUGUUGCUUGAAUAUCACGACAUACCUGGCGGGACGUGUGGUGGAUUCGAUGGCAAACAUAUGGCAGCCCCGGUGGAGUGGCCACAAGUCGUGACGGAGCUUUGUCGCUUGGGUAUGACCUCUACUUACCUCGUGAAAUCGUUCAGGACUCUGUUGGGAAGAGAUGAAAGCUUCAUUAAGCCUCACGACGACCUUUCUACAAGCUAAUGCUGAGGAGGAUGCUCAGCUAAUGUGUAUUCAGUCAAUCAUACAACUGAAAA